AUGGAAUUUUUAUCAACAUCCCAGUCAUUGCAAAUUAACUUUGAUUCUCAGCAAUCAGAACAAAUCCAAGUCCCAAUUGGAUUUGAUUCAAGCCAACCUCCACAAGAGUUUGAAUUUGAAACAACUCCAUUGAACCAAUUACCUUUUUUGAAACAAAUUGAUAUUGCAGCUUCUCUUUCCUUUAUUCCAGCCUCAAUUGAAAACCUCACAACAGAAAAUACCAUUACUGUUUUUCCAGUUCUUGUUGGCCAAGGUGCUUUUUCUCAACAAGAUUCACUUCUUCAAUUCCCAGUAAGUCUUCAAAACAUCAACAUCAACAAUAACAACAACAGCAACUUCCAACUUGGUUUAGUACCAUCUUCACCACAAUCUUCUAUCUCAUCACCAUCAACCAUUGAAAGUAAUUAUUUAUCCAAUCCAUCAUCUCCAUGUCAAAGCACACCAAUUUUGGAAUCAUCCACUCCCUUUUCUCAAAAAUUGAUGUCAAACGAACAACAACAACAACAACAACCACAAAAUUUCUCUUUCCCACAAAAACAACAGCAAGCUGUUGACCUCAAUGAAUUCUUUGGUUUAAAUUCAGUUGGGGGUGGUGGUCAUUUCAAAGCAUGCUUUUCACCAGAUAACAGUUUCAAUUUGUACAAUGAUCUUUCACCAGAGGCUAAAUCUUGUUUCAAAAUUUUCGCUAAAAAGUGUAAACCAACCACCGAACAUGAAGUCUUUAACAAGGUUAUGAAUUUGUUGAACAAUUUAACUCUUGAAGAAAUUGAUUUGAUUAUCAAGUCCGUUUCACGUAUUGAAAAGUAUGAUACGCUCAUUGCAAAGGUCUUUGCCACCGAACUUGAUGUAGCUAACUUCCCAAGUAUCAAUGCCAAGCUUUUGCUCCAAAAUUUAUUGGUCGAAAUUAUUGACCAAGACAGAAAAUUGGUCUACCACCUCUUCCAACUAGAUACUGAUCAUAUUCACUCACUCAAAAAUAAAUGUUCAAUCUUAUCAAUCUCUACCCCAGCCAGUGAUUCCCUUAAUUUCUCUGCUUUACUUCAAGAAGAUAGUAAUAACAAUAACAAUAACAAUAACAAUAACAAUAACAAUAACAAUAACAAUAACAAUAACAAUAACAAUAACAAUAACAAUAACAAUAACAAUAACAAUAAUAAUAAUAAUAAUAACAAUAAUAAUAACAAUAAUAAUUAUAAUAAUAAUUAUAAUAAUAAUAAUAAUAAUAAUAAUAAUAAUAAUAAUAAUAAUAAUAAUAAUAAUAAUAAUAAUAAUAAUAAUAAUAAUUGUAACAACAGCUUGGUUAAUGAUAGCAACACUAAUAUUAUCAACCACACACAUAACCUAAAUUAUAACCAAAAUCAAAACCAAAACCUCAACAACAACUAUAAUUACGACUACAACUUCACCAAUGAUACCAAUAAUAACGUCUACCACCAAAAUAAUACUUCUCCUGCUAAUAAUUCUCCUUAUGUCACACCAGUUUUAAAAGAUAAUGAAUUACAUUCUCAACUUUUACCUCAAAUUGCUCACCAACAACCAGUUGCAGUUCUUGCUAACUAUCAACAUAACCAACAACAACAAUCACCACAACAAAUACAACAACAAUUAUAUAAUCCACAUUUACAAAUACUAUCACAACAAACAAAUUCAAACCCACAUAAUACUGAAAACAUUGAAGUUCCAAAGAUUAAACUUCAACCAAAUUUCCAAUCAACAACCACCACCACAAUUACUCAACAACAACAACAACAACAACAACAACAACAACAACAACAACAAAAUACUCCAUUAAUCUCCCAACUUAUUCCAGAAAGUAUUAAACCAAAGGCUUCAAAUAAAUUGGCAAAUAAUUCAAAUGGAAAGAAAGUUGGAUCAAGUAAAAAGGUCUCUAAAUCUGUUUUUCCAAAAGGUAUCAUUACACCACAAUACUUUUCAAUACUUAAAGAUAGAUUUGGUUUCACUAUGGAGUCAUUGGAAAAAGCAUCAAAUCCAAAUGGUGCAAACUAUAUCCACAGUUUAAAUGGUUCGCUUGCUCUUGUAAACACUUGUCUCGUGCCAAUCUCUAGUGAAGUUAGUACCGGUAGAGAUAGUAAAAAUGGUGUUGUCAUCACCGUAAAAAACUAUGGUGACUAUACCACCAAACUCACAUUGGAAUAUGAAUUGGUGACCUCCAACAAUGAAGUCAAUGAUGAUAAAUUCUCUUUCAAAAAGAAAAAUCUUUUAAUGGUUGAACCAGGUAUCUUUUAUUUCCAAUACUCUAUGAAUAGAAUUGACAAGAAUGAAAAAGAGGUCUAUAUUAGAUUCAAUCUCAUCUGCGAAGGUAAAGUCAUUGAUAGCAUUCAAUCACCUCAAAUCCGUUUCAGAAAUACUCCAAGUGAAUUUGAUCAACCAAAUAACGUUCAAUUAGAGACUCUCAUCGCUGAUCAAUUUAAAACCUAUAGUGAUGACCACAGUGUUCACGUUAAAUUCGUUGCUAUUGCUAAUCUCUUUAAGAAAGGUAUCAUUCCAAAAGCAUCAAAAGAUUCAUCCUCCUCUCCAACUGCUUCUUCUGCCGCUCCUGGUGAUAGUAGUAGUGAUGGUGAAGGUGAUGAACAAUCAUCAACUUCAACUAAAAAGAUGAAGAAAGGUAAACCACUCGAAGUCACUUUAAAACAUAGCAGUGGUUUCACAUUGGUCAUCCCACAACACAUUUCCAAAGCUAAACCAGAAGAUAUUUGGAGAUUCCCAAAGAAUUUAAUCUCUCAAACUAAUAUUCCAAUUAAAAAAUCUGAAGGUGAUAUCAUUCAUUUCCCUUACUCUUAUGUUGUUGAAUUCUCUGCUUUAGUUCCAAGAGGAAAUUAUACCAUUACUUUUGGUUAUGAAUUUGUCAAUAAAAAAGCAAAUCCAAUCCAUAAUUUUGUUAUUUAA